CUUCAGUAUAGACCUUCAAGAAACGCUAAAUAAUCGGGUAUAGGCCUAAUGUCUCCCUCUAAUUAUUAUUACAAGGAAGCAUUUGGACUAUUCACAUUUGCGUGACAAACUGUUUACGACGGGUUACGGCGACUGUAGUAUUAGCUCAAGGCUUCUCAGAUUUCUUAUCUUGACGACAGAGGUCACACGUAAAGCAGAAACGAGAACACACGCUAAAGGUUGGACCAUUAACGACGAAGAAAACAUCUGAGAUAAUUCGUGACCACUUCCACAUUGAAAGCAAAGAGAAGAAUGAAUGUUUUAUCUUCCUUUGUCACCUCAGUGAGCUGAUUUUCAUAUACUGCCGUCGCAGACCCGGCCAGAAGCAUGGAAACUACCCGAGCGAUGACGCGUUUCUGAGCUCACGUGACUAAAUCAUCAGCAAGAGAAGUGAAACGUGAAAUUAUCAAGAAGGAGGGAGAGCACUUUGAUCUCAACUUGACUGGUCUCAAAGGGGCAAUACACUUUACUUCCAAGCCUGUUUGUACGAUACGUGCUGCAUUGAUGUCUGAAAAAGGAGAUUCCACGUUGGAAACGGAAAGCGUUCCGGUGAAGCCCGCGGUUUCGGCUCAAAGAGCCAGACGUUCAAGUCUGUUCGAGGUUGGGUUUCCAGUUCAACGAGACCGUGGAUCCAGCAUCGUUUCCAUCCCCAGCAUUGUACCGAGCCAUUUACACACACUUCAUCAAAAAGUCACCUUUGAAAACACCUUCAAAAUGGAGCCAGACAAGCGAUUUCACAUCGGCGAAGUGAAAGAAAUCCUGGACGAAAUGCUGUCGUCUUCGUUGAAGGAUGUGAAGUACGAUGCCAUCAAAUGUCGUGCUUUGAGCAAAUCUCUUUCUCACACAAUCUGUGAGAGAGUUAAGCUUCUGGGAUUUACGCGCUUCAAGAUAAUUUCCAGUGUGAGCAUCGGGCAGAUAAAGGGCCAAGACGUUAGAAUUGCUAGCCGCUUUCUGUGGGAUGAAAAACAUGAUUCGUGGGUAGAUGCAGUGUUUACAAAUUCAGAAAUAUUCGCUGUUGCGGUAGUCUAUGGAAUUUAUCAAGAAUAAAGCGAAGGAAAAGGUAGCGUUAACUUAAUGAUAAGAAACUUUAUUUUUUGUUUAUUGAAUCGUUCGAUUCAAAAGAAAAUAGAAGCGUUUAUAUCAUUGAAAACCCGAUAAAGUUAGGUUAAUUUGAAUGUACACAACUUCGCUACAAUGGUUGUAAGUAAAAAUUCGUUUAAAGUUUAGGAUCAUCUUACUUGAAUACUCGUUCGGCUUCUAUAAGUUUCAAUUUAAAUUUUCUACGAAUACUUCAUUGCAAUGAAUUACUUGCGGUGUGAUUUAUUCAUAGAGUUAUUUUCAAAAUACCCAUUUCGAUUUCACUUUGUAAUGACCCUUAAAAGUUGUCAUCUUCUUGAGGAAAU